AUGACACUGUGCUUUGGUGACGCGGUUCCAAGGUUGCAUCGCCAUGACGAGUUCAUGUCCAUCACCCAGGAGGUCAGGUUCAAGGUGGUCGAGGAGCUGGACCUCGGCCUCCCUCCAUCGCUGCCCACUUGGGCGUGGCUCAAGAUGGCGCGCCUUCCGCCGCCCCUCCUGCCGUCAAGACUCCAGUCCGCCGCCUCCGUCUACACCCACGUCACCGGAGUGCCGGCCGCCUCCGCCUCUCUUCCCGGAGUGCCGCCCGUCGCGCCCGUAUUUUCCGCACCAAAGGUAGUGUACGUGUACACUGUCGGCAUCAGCAGGCUCCCGGCCGGUGUAAGAUCAACUGUCUCUGCGCGGUGUCCAGUGGGGCUGGGGUGUACAGUUUUCUGUAAUAAAAUAGCGAGGCGACAUUGUAAUUAUCUAAUUGGUGCUGUUACCAAUAACUAAAGAAAAGUAGCUCGAGUGGUUAGCAGAACUCCUACGUUAGUGGAACCGCAUGAGUUUGAAACCUAUAGAGAGCUUUUAUUUUUCUGGUUUUUCUGCACUAUGAUUUCGCUGUUGUACCAGCAAUAGGUAUUUUGGAUGUGUGAUGGUGAUAUCAGAAACUAAGUUCUGUGAUGAGACUUGGCAUCACACACACAUAUUUUUAGAUGUGGCAUUUUUUC